UCCAUGCAAGAAAACAAAAAUACAAAGUAAAUCAGAGUCUCAGAAGAGUUUCACCGGUUCAUGCAAGCUAAAAAUUCCUCUUAGGUUGCCUCGUCUUUUUACUUAGCGACAAAUCCACUAUCACCACCACUAGCAGUCCCGGCGGCGCCGCAGCACUGAAAAAUGUUGCCUUUCAAUACAGUCGAGGAGGCUGCCACAUUCAUGGGACGGAACCUGACGGUGGCCGAGACGCUGUGGUUCAAUUACUCGGCUAAAAAAUCGGAUUACUAUCUCUACUGCCACAAUAUCUUGUUUUUGUUUCUGACAUUUUCCGUGGUUCCUUUGCCUCUCGUACUCGUCGAGAUGAUGAGAUCUUUGGGAUUCGAUAAGUACAAGAUUCAACCCAAAGUUAACCUGUCGUUGUCUGAGAUGUUCCAGUGUUAUAAGGAUGUUAUGCGGAUGUUUGUUCUUGUCGUGGGUCCUUUGCAGUUAGUGUCUUAUCCUUCAAUUAAGAUGAUCGGGAUCCGAACAGGGCUGCCAUUGCCAUCACUAUGGGAGAUUGUGGCACAGUUGACUGUAUAUUUCAUGAUAGAGGAUUAUACCAAUUACUGGAUUCACCGUUUCCUCCAUGGUAAAUGGGGCUACGAGAAAAUUCACUGGGUUCACCAUGAAUACACUGCUCCAAUUGGCUUUGCCGCACCGUAUGCGCAUUGGUUGGAAAUUUUGAUCCUCGGGAUUCCGUCUUUUCUCGGGCCGGCUAUUGCUCCGGGGCAUAUGAUCACCUUUUGGUUAUGGAUAGCUUUCCGGCAAAUUGAAGCAAUUGAGACACACAGUGGAUAUGAAUUCCCUUGGACACCCACAAGGUUUAUCCCGUUUUAUGGCGGCGCAGAUUAUCAUGAUUAUCACCACUAUGUUGGAGGACAAAGCCAGAGCAACUUCGCUUCGGUUUUCACUUAUUGUGAUUAUAUCUAUGGCACCGACAAGGGCUAUCGAUAUCAUAAGAAGGUCCUAAAGAAGUUGAAAGAGGGAUCCAAAAUUGGUGGUGCUGAAAACGGAAGCUCGUACUAUUAUCCUACUCAAGAUCUCAAAUCAGAAUAGCCGCUCGUCGAUGGAGCAAAUCUCUCUAGAAGCCUCUUCGGUCUACCUUUCGGGUCGAUCGCGAAAAAUCGGAGGAAAUCUGAUUUCCAGUUGACAUCAUAUUUAGUAUGAUAAAAGUGGUUAAGAUGAGUAGUAGUAUUUGCAAUAGUGAUUUUGUGGGUAGCUUGGAAAGAGAUUUCAGUUCUAGUUCUUAUUUAUUUAGGGUUUUGAUGUUUGUGCUCUGUUUUAAGUCUUCUUUUGUUUAAACUAAGAACCUAUUAAAUCAAAAGUGAUGGUGUGUGUAUUGUCCUUGAA